AGCAAGCUUAUUGUCUCUGAUAUUUUUUAGUGAUUAAAAAAGAUAUUCGUAUUAGGAUUAAUGAAUUAUUCGCUGUCAAUCAAUUUCUCUGUUGUGAGAUUAAAUUUAUUCAGUGCACAGUUAUAACUAGAAUGGUUCUUUAGGAUAAAAUAUUUCAUUCUAGCCUACUCCAUAGAAAACUUAUUGAUAUAAUGGAUCUGAAUUAAGAAGAAAAAACCGACUGACUACCUUACCAAGAAUUAGUGGUUGGAAUAACGGUAGUUGCAGAUAUUUCCAGACUUUAUUAACUAUAUUGCGUAUUAAAAAUACAAUAAGUUACAUAGUCUGUUAGUUGGCUAGUCUGACAUAAAGUAAAAGCAUGUCAUUCAAACUACCCAGGAAAUCCACCUCUUCCUCUCAAUCCGCCACCUCCCCCUCCUCCGAUGGGCCCCCCCAUGCAGAUGCCUAUGAUGGCUCACCAUCAAGGACAAGGUCAGAUGAUGGGAGGACCAAUGGUGAUGGGACCGAUGAUCGGACCUCAGGGCUUUCCUCAAGGCAUGAUGGGGCCACUUAUGAACCCAGAACAAAUGGGAAACAGUCCUGGAAUGAAUGAUGCCCCUCUUGAAUUCAAUACAAACAAAAACAAACCUCCAAUGCCUCUGACAGGUGAAGAACUAGAGAGGGAACAGAGGAAAGCAUUAUCAGAACGAGAGAGAGAUAGGAACGGUAGAGACUCCGAUCGGGAGAACCGGCGGGAACGUGACAGAAAUCGGGACCGUGGACGUGACCGUCGGGAUCGUGAAAGGGACCGUGAUCGUAGGGAGGAAAGAGAAAGUUCAAACAGCAACAGUCGAGACAAGUCCCCGCUGGGUGGGAGCAGUCCGACUCCUCAGGGUCAGUCAGAUAUGCCCCCGCCAACCCCUGCUCCCAUGUGGGGAGGAAUGAUGGGACCAAUGGGAUAUCCUGUCAUGGGAAUGAAUCCGAUGAUGGGAGCUCAGAUGAUGGACCCCAAUAUGAUGAUGGGACAGUAUAACAUGAUGGGAAUGGCAAUAGGCCCGGAAGGCCCUAUGAUGGGCCCUGAUGGCACCAUCAUUCCCCCAGAUCCUUCGAUGGUAUCCAAGGAGAUCAUUCACUUUAAGACCUUUACGCUUUUCCCUCCCAGCCCCAAUGCUCCGCCCCCUACUACUAGAGAGAGACCACCUGGUUGCAAGACCAUCUUCGUCGGUGGACUCCCAGAAAACGCUACAGAGGAGAUGAUACGAGAACUGUUUGGACGCUGUGGUGAAAUGCUGACUGUCAGACUGAACAACAAGAAGUUUUGCCACAUUCGGUUCCUGCAUGAAGCGUCAGUCGAUCAAGCUCUCUACUUCUCUGGAUACCGGAUGCGUAUUGGGUCCAAUACAGACAUCCCCAAUACGGGACGCCUGCAUGUGGACUAUGCCCAGGCACGGGACGAUCAGUACGAGUGGGAGUGUCGACAACGGCAGUUACAGCGUGAGCAACGCCACCGUGAUCGCAUGGAGAAGGAACGACUACGUGUCCCAUCCCCACCCCCUGUGGUACACUAUAGCGACCAUGAGGCAAACAUCAUCGCCGAUAAGAUCAAGAGUAUGUUCGCUGACGAGCAGUUCACAAAGGCUGUGCAAGUUGUGAUAACAUGGUUGGAGCGGGGUGACUGCAACAAGCGCAAUUCCAACACGUUUUACUCCAUGAUUCAAUCGACCAACUCGCACGUGCGGCGGCUGCUCACGGAGAAGGCAACCUAUGAGGAGGAGUUGACUCGUGCCAAGGAGCUGAUGAAGGGGCGCAUGCAAGGGUUGCUCAUCCAAUUCAGUCAGAUCGAGAGGGUAUUCUCUGCCGCCUCCCAUAAGAAGGUCUGGGACCACUUCACCAAACCACAACGAAAGAACAUUGAGAUGUGGAAGAAACAGGCUACGGAGAUAAAGACAGUGGAGCUGGAGGAGAACCUACUGGCUGGAGGAGAUGAAGAAAUGGAAGUCUCCGAUACUGAUGAGGACUACCCGACCUUACGCAAGAAGCCGAGGAAGGACGACCCUAGUGCAGCUCUAAAGGAAGAAAAUGAUAGUCUGCGUUGCCAGCUGGAGGCCUACAAGAACGAAGUGGACUUGGUGAAGGUCGAUCUCAAAGUGGAACUAGAACAGAAGGACAAGCAAUUAAAGAUGUGCCAGCAAACACUGCAAGGCAUGCAACAGCAACUGUUGGAUGCUAAGAGGAAACAAGGAGAAGAAGAAUUAAAAGUACUCGAACUACAGACCAGGCUGAAAGCGAAACAGACAAAAGAAAAGGAGACCAAGGAGGGAGAAGAGGGUAAAGAAAAGGAAGAGCCCGAUGGUGAAGUGGACACGACUGACUCAUUACUCCUUCUCUCCUCGAAACUGUCAGAAAAGGAGGCAAAACUAAUUGGACUGAUCUCAAUUUUCCUACAUGUCCAUCCCUUUGGUGCCGGAGUGGAUUACAUUUGGUCAUAUCUGCAGAAAUUGGAUCCGACAUUAAAAACCAGUGAGGUGGAGACCGUCAUGGCCCGGUUCCCCUCCAUGUUCCUGCAAGAAUUAUCUGGUAUUGGAGCAAACAUGGAGCGUCGUUGGGUCUACGCGGGAUACAAAACCACCAAACUUGAUUCCUAAACUAUUGAUUUUUCCCAAAGUGUUUGUUUCCUAAGAUGAAAGUGUUGGAAAUAGAGAAAUGUGACUAUCCGUGAUUUACCAUCCUUUUCUUGUAAAAUUAAUUGAACAUUAUACUUUAUCUUGUGUAAGAGAAAGAUUAAUUUUGUAGUGUACAGUUAGUAUGUUUUUAUCAAAUAAAGAUUUUUGCCAGUGUUUUCAAGUAGUCGGUUAUAGCGUAUGCGAAGAAAGCAAUAUUUUUUUUCCACAAAUAUGCUUUUUAUUCCUUUUUUAUAAAACUGGGUCGAAUACAAACUUCUGUCCCUACUCACUACUUCAGUAAAAGUUCUAAUUUCUUAUAAUUUUUGUUUAUUAUAACGCUAUUCUGGAGGUUUUGUGUAGCUUGGUAUUCUAAUAUAUAUUUCAUUAUUGUACUAUUUGUAUGUGUAAAUAUCAAAAUGUGAAAGAUAUUAGUUUUGGAUUUAUCCCAAGCAUAAAACGUAUACAGCAAUAUUUUUUUACAAAUGAAAGUACAGUAAUCACAAAAUAUAAUUGCAAAUUAUUGUUAAACCAUUAUGGGUUUAAACACAUUUUAUUUAAUAUAAAAAUAAUUUACAACAUUCUGUACAGUUGUAUAUCAAAAUAUAUGAUUGUGGAGCUACAA